CUGGUGUAUUGGAUUGUUGAGGUUAAGUUUUAUUACCCCAUUUUCAACGGAUUAAGCGUUAAAUAUAUUAUUAAAGUGUUUAACGUGCUUUUCUGCGCAUUCGAGACAUUCCAAUUUAUACGUAUUUUUGCAGAGAUUUUUUUAUCUUUAUUCCAAUUAUAAUCAAUAAGAAAAAAUGGUGAAAAGGAUUCAUUUCGUACCUCGUUUCUUCGGUGACCGAUUCAUAGCGUUAAAAUUAUGGAGUCAAAAUUUUUCUUUGGAAGAUUGCGGAAAAAUGUUUAAAAGUUUUUUAUAUUUGAUGAAGUGGAGUUUUGAAAUAAUUUUAUUAGCUCUUUUCUGGUUGGUUGUUUUUCAACCGUUUAUGCACAACGGUUAUUUAGUGGAUCCGGAGCGAGGUGGAAUCAUUCAGCAGAUCAUUACAGUUUGUGUUAAACCAUCCGUUCAAGAUUUAAUUACACGCAUUAUAACGAUCGUGGUACUUAAUUUAAUUUUCAAUUUAAUUCUGCGUUUUCGCCGCCCAAGUUGCCGGGAAUACCACAUUAUGUCCACUAUUAUUGGAUAUAUCGUAUUACAAAUAAAUUGUUACACCAGGAAUAUGAUCUUAAUUUUAGGAUUUAUCAUGAUAAUUUUUUUCUUGGUAAGACGCGUUAAGGAUUUAAUGGUGAGGGAGGUUGGAAUGAUACGCCCUAUAUACCUUGUUUCGUUGAUUUUGAUCGGUAUUCUUUGUUUGGGGGAGAUUAUAUUCCCGAAUCCGCGUAAUUGGCAAGAAUGUCGUGGCAUUAUGAUGAUAAUGGCUAUGAAAACUAUGAGUUUGUCUAAUGACGAUUACUAUUUAAAGCGAAUAUCUUGCAUUGAGUUAUUAGGUUAUUUGCUUUGCCCGGCUACCGUUCUUUUUGGGCCAUGGAUAUCUUUGGAAACUUACACACUUAAUUACGUUAAUCAUUCGAGGCUAAACUGGAAAUGGGCUGUUAAAAUGGUUCAAACUUUUACUUAUGCCAUGGUAUUCAUGGUUUUAUCGAAUUGUUUGGGACGCGCUUUCGUUCCGACUCUAAACGCUAUGUUCAUUCCUUGCAAGUGGCACGAAGCUUUCCGAAAUGCUUUCGUAUUCCGGGCCAGCAAUUAUUUUAUCGGUUAUAUGUCUGAAUUUACUAUGAUUUCAGCUGGGUUUAAUGCUUAUAAACAUAAUGAUCCUCAAGAACGUUGGCAUUAUCCAAUAACUCGACCGUUUGCGACUGAGGUUCCAAGAUCUAUGGCGGUUGUUGUGCGGAAUUGGAAUAUUCCAGUUCAUCGUUUUUUGAAAGAAAAUGUUUACAUUCCGUAUUUAGUAGUGAGCCGAGGUUUCGCAAUUUUUUUGACUUUUUUGGUAUCGUCAUUGCUGCAUGGUUUGAAUACCCGCAUAACCAUAAUUUUAUUAAGUUUGGGAAUUUUGUCCCAUUCCCAACAAGUCGUUCAGGAUAAAUUAUCAAAGUGGUUUAAUUGUUGUUGCCGCAUAAAUGCUUGCCGAGAAAAUUGUGGACAUCGUUUCGGAUUUUGGCACCCAAUCACUUUGUUUAUUAACGGGAUUAACAUGAUUUUGAACGUCUUUCAUUUAGCCUAUUUGGGGCAUAUUAUGGACGAAAACUUUGAUCGGAGCACAAUUUGGGAUAUUUAUCAUACAUGGGAUGAUGAUUUUGGUUUGUUUACGCAUCAUGUUAUUUUGAUCUGGUUUGGAACCAUGAUGUUUGUGGUUUAAAAUACUCUAGAUGGUUGAGUUGAUUUUCUCUCAGUUUUUAAAGGCUGUGUUAAGUCUAUUAUUAAUACCAAAGAAACGGUGCCUUAAGAACAAAAAGGCCAUGUUUUUUUAUAGAGUCAAUAUUUAGUUUUCGUUUAUUUUGAAGAAUGUUUAUUUAGUUUUGCAUUAAAAGUACUCACAUUUGUGUAAAGAAACAGUAUUAUUUUGUAGUAGAAAUAAAUUUUUAUAGUGACGAGUUUGAUGUAUUGUAGGUUUUGUAACGAUUUUCUAAUAAAAUUUAUUUUAAAAUUA